UAUUUUUUUCCUAUUUUGGUAAUUCGUGACAAUGCUAUCAUGGAUUUUUUCUAUUGCUAUUAAAGCAAAUGGGAAUACAAAAAUUAUAUUUGCUGUCGUCUCACAUUCACCACUAUAGAAGUUUACCCAUCUCUACCCAACUUCCCCUUCUGAUAAACCCAGAAAUGUGAAAAGAGUCCAUUACUCAAUUUGAACCAGUACAAUUUUUAUUGUAGUUUUCAACAUAUUUCACCCAUGACUACAAUCAAAUAAACACAAGCUACUAAAAAUACAACUUUGUAGAUAUUUAGAUAAUAAGACAAACAAUUAAACUUAAGUCUGCCUGAUCUCUUACUUUGUGGUUUUCAGUGCUUAAACCGACUGACUUCUCCAUCAGUGUACAAGAUAACUUCACUGGAGAGGCCGGUUUGUGCAUCAGGGUAUACUGUUUUUUCACUGUCCCUAAAAGUGUCUCAGAACCCAUUAGGACAACAUGGUUCAAAGGAGAUCUACAAAACCCAACUGUUCAAGUUCCUUGUAUGACCAGGAAUAUAUACAAACCUGGUGAGACAGAGUGCAGCUUUAUGCUAAACAACUUGGUUCAGGGUGAAUCUGAUGGUGAAUACAGAUUGAAACUGGAGUGGGAACAAGGAAAAGUGCAUAUCUUUCCUCAGACAGUGAGAAUUACUGUGAAAGGUGUGUUUAUAUGCUUUUCAAAGAGAAACAUACAAAUCCAAAUUAGUUUAUAGCAUUUCUGAUUCUAAUAAAUAAUUGUGUUUUAGAGCUCACCCAGAAACCAACUAUAAACGUCCCAAAACUCACAGCAGGAAAGAAGGCCGAGAUAUCCUGCAAAGUUCCAGGGGAUUGCAUGAAUCCCUCAGCAGAUAUUGUUUGGACAGGGAUUGAGCCUGAUGAAAUUAAUCAUAAAAGUUCUGGAGUGCCUGGCUGGGAAAAGCGCUCUUCAAUAAUGACUUUCCAUCCUGAGCCUGAACAUCACAAUACUAAGCUCACCUGCACAGUCAUUUUUCAAAAAAUCAUACGGACUGAAAGUACUGUGAUCCUUGAAGUAAGAUAUGCUCCUAAAAUCUUGAAUAGCUCCCGUUGUUUGGUGUGGGGUGAUGAAUUGACCUGCAUGUGUGUCAGCAGUGGUGUGCCGUUACCCCAGAUAUACUGGCCAAUGUUUGACAGUAUCAAUAAAUAUUACAGUACUGCUUCAGCAGAGAACACCAUCAGCAUCAGCAACAUCUCCAUUUCUGGUUUUAGUAACAUCAACGCUACUGUUGAAUGUGUCAGUAAGAAUCUCAUUGGUAUGGCAAAAAUGGAAAUUCAGGUCCAGAGUCAUGCUGAAAAACCCAAAGUAAGUUGGAGUUUGUCCACCUCUUGGAUAUUCUUUACCCUUUCAGCUGUUGUAAAUGUCAUCUUCACUUGCUGUUUGACUGUCGUCCUACGAAGGAGAGAAAAACUUAAGAAACUAAAAGAUGACAACCAUAUCUACAUGACUUCAAUGGCAAGAGAGGAAUCGAUGUAUGAGACAAUUAAAAUGUCUUCAGAAAGAUCUUAAUACUUUUGAUCUU